AUGCAAUCUAUUAUGGAAACUCAUUCAAAUGAAUUGACAAAUAUUGAAAGAAAAUAUGCAAAACUUGGUGUUUGUUUACGAUUAAGAUUAAAUGAAUUUUCAGCUCCUCGACAUUUAAAAGAUGAAAUCGAAUCUUCUAUUCAAAAACUUUUAUUUCAAUCAACAUCAAAAACAACAACAAUGCUUGAAAGUAUUCCACUAUUUACGCCUAUUGCUGAGAAAGAGGAACAAUAUUUAAAAUCUAUUGCACAGCAUAAUCGUUGUUAUCUUAAAACUGAAUUAAAACAUAAUUAUCAAUCGUAUCCUGUACCAAAAGCAACGAUAUCCAACAAACAAACAUCAAAAUCAAUAAUAGAACAGUCUGAACUUUUUUGUUCUUCAACUGAUGUUUUUAAAAAACUGAUUAUAGCCAAUGGAUCAAUUGAACUUCGUACAGGAGAUAUAGCUUUACAAAAAGUUGAUACAAUCAUCAUUUCAACAAUGUUCAAUGGAUUAAAAGAUGGUGUCAUUGAACGAUUAGGUGAGAUAGAAUAUGAAAAAACUUUUUCACAAAUCGAUGGUGCAAUGUAUACUGAAACCAAUGGAGGUAAAUUAUAUUGUAAAAGAAUUUUAUUUUCUAAUUGGUUACCUACUUCAUUAAUAAAUAAUGAUAAUGCUUUACGAUUAUCAAUACAAACAUUUGUUUCAAAAUCUAUUGAAUAUACAGUAAAAGAAAAAGAUACACAAUCGAUCGCAUUUGUUGUACCAGAUUCAUGUACAAAUGAAAGUAUUCUAGUUGAAGAAAUGAUUAAUGAAGUCAAACGACGAUUGAAAGUAAACAAGUUACAAUUGAAAAUUUCAUUCGUAUGUUUACCUGAACAGCAAACUCUACAUGAACAAUUCUCUGAUAUUAUUACUCGAACAAAUCAAGAUGAUAUUUCUUUAUAUCUCGAAUGGCCUACUACAAUCAUUCAAACAGCAUUGAUUGGGUCAACAAUGGAACGUGUAACACGAUGUAAACAACAACUAAACAAAUAUCUUUCACAAUGUAUUUCUACAGUAAAAAUAAUACAUUCAAAUGAUAUUUUUCAAUCUUGGGAUCAACAAACAAUAAAUUCAUUUUAUAAAUAUUGUAAAGAUAGAUGUGUAUUACCAAAACUUGAUGAAACUAAAACUGAAAUAGAAUUAAUUGGUCCAGCUACUAGUAUUUUAGAAGCUAAAAAGAAGUUUCAUAUCUUCUCUGAAUUAAUGAAAGAAAAACUAUAUUCGAUAUCAACUGUAGAACGUUCGAGUUCAGCUAUUCAUUACUCAACACGAUCUAAAGAUAAAAUUAAUAUGAAAAUGAUUAAAUUGUACAAUAUUGUUAUUAAUUAUAGUCAAAAUGAUCUAAGAAAAUGUAAACGUUUAAUCAAUCGAUUAACUGAAGAAGGUUUUUCUGUCGGAACAUAUGCAGAGAUAACUGAAGAGAAACACAAUUUAUAUUCUCAAAUGGAUAAAUCCAAUUGUAUUAUAUUGUGUAUCAGUGAAAAUUAUUAUCGAAAUUUACAAUGUAUAGACGCAGCUGAGUAUGCGUUUCAAACAGAUAAAAAAGUUUUUCUAGUAAAAAUUCAAAAUAAUCCUUUACUUGGUUGGGAUAAUAAUCUAUUUGAAGGAAAAUUAUUUUUUCAUUCAUUUGGUUCAGAUAAUUACUUUGAUCUAGAAUAUGGACGAUUAUUAGUUGAGUUAUUACGAUAUACAAAACCUGGUUUUCUUUCUCUUUUACAAAGAAGAUCUAGUUGCAUACAACAAGAUAUUGAUGAAUUUCGAAGAAGGCAAAUAGGAGAACAACAAUCAUUGAUUGAAAAUCAAACAGUUCGAACAUCAUCAACAUCAAAACUUCUUGAAAUUAUGAAAUCACAAAACAGAAUCAUUGAUACUACUAGAGAAGAAAGACACUCAAAUAUUCAUUUGAAAACUACUGUUUAUAAACGAGACUUGAGCUUCAUUGAAGAACGUUGGCUCAGAAAAUUAGACAAUCUUCGUAAACCACAUUUAUCAUUAUAUGGAUGGCAAAGAGUAGUCGAUGAUGAUGACAAAAUUCUAGCUCAAAUGCUUCCAGAUAGUUAUAAAGUUUCAGAUUUAUAUAUUCACUCAGUUUUAUCCACACAUCUCUUCGCUUAUUCUUCGUCUUUCCUUGGAGGUUUUAGUUGUGGUCAUGUAAGAGAAUCAUUAAAUGACCAACCAAUUACGCGAUUUUCUGUCAAUAAGAUUUGGGUGGAUGAAGAUCAAGUACAUGAGAAGUGUCCAGAAAAAAUUCAAUCAUUAGAUGGUUUAUCUCAAGUAUUUCCUGCAGAAAGUUCUACUAUUGAUUUCAUACCACGUCGAGGGAAAGGGCAAUGCUUUAAUUUGUUUCGUAUGCUAUCGUUAGGCGACAGCACGAAUCGAAGCGAAAAGGAAAUGGAAAAACUUCAUGAACUUGAAAAUCCAGAAAAAAUGAAACAUAUACGGGAAAAAAUUGCUAAUUAUUUCAUGGAAAGAUAUAAAUAUACUAAAGAGCAAUUGGAUGUUUAUUUAAAAUUUGCACAACGAAUGAAAGAUAAUUCUAUAGAAUUUGAAAUAUUUUGUUCAACAACCAAACUUGUUCAAUAA